GGUAUUCAUCUGAGAGCUUCCGCCAGUAGUCGGUACUCAACCGACUUGAACACUUCACGUCGCCGUGCAAGAAGUGCGGGAGUGAAGUUAACAAAAACUGGGGUUAGUUGAACGGUGUAGCCGAAUCGCGCAUUCGACAAAGAGGUGCGCGAAUCGCCGUUAAAAACAAAAAUUUUUAUUCGAGACCGUGACACUGUGGAAAGAUGAGCGGUCUAUUGAAGCUGUCGUCUUUACUGGCGAGAAAUACCCGUACAACAACGUUGAAUAACUUGGGGCCACCGGUUAUUACAAAUCGAAAACUACAUUAUACACCGGAUGGCAAGGCAGCAAAAGUUUCCGAUGCUGUUUCUAAACAAUAUCCAGUGAUUGAUCACACUUAUGACGCUGUUGUGGUCGGGGCUGGGGGUGCAGGAUUGCGUGCAGCCUAUGGCUUGGUUGCGGAAGGAUUCAAAACCGCAGUGAUUACUAAAUUAUUUCCAACAAGAUCCCAUACUGUCGCUGCGCAAGGAGGAAUUAAUGCUGCACUGGGUAAUAUGGAAGAUGACAACUGGCAGUGGCACAUGUACGACACUGUUAAGGGAUCUGAUUGGCUCGGUGAUCAAGAUGCCAUUCAUUACAUGACUCGCGAAGCCCCAAAGGCAGUCAUUGAAUUGGAAAAUUGUGGCAUGCCUUUCAGUCGUACCACGGAUGGUAAAAUUUACCAACGUGCUUUCGGUGGGCAAUCGCUAAAGUUUGGAAAAGGUGGACAAGCUCAUAGAUGUUGCUGUGUGGCCGACAGAACGGGUCAUUCUUUGCUUCACACGUUGUAUGGUCAAUCGUUGAGCUACGACUGCAAUUAUUUCGUCGAAUACUUUGCCAUGGAUUUGCUCAUGGAAGAUGGAGAGUGUCGAGGUGUGAUCGCACUCUGUCUAGAAGACGGCACGCUUCAUCGUUUUCAUGCUAAAAAUACAGUGUUAGCGACAGGAGGGUAUGGACGUGCCUAUUUCUCCUGCACAUCCGCUCACACGUGUACCGGCGAUGGUACUGCAAUGGUAUCAAGAGCUAAUCUACAUAAUCAGGACUUGGAAUUUGUACAGUUCCAUCCGACUGGAAUAUACGGUGCUGGUUGUCUCAUCACCGAAGGUAGCCGUGGUGAAGGAGGCUACCUCGUAAAUAGCGAAGGUGAGAGGUUUAUGGAACGUUAUGCACCGGUCGCGAAGGAUCUAGCCUCUAGGGAUGUAGUAUCUAGGUCUAUGACUAUCGAAAUCCGGGAAGGCAGAGGCGUCGGUCCUGAAAAAGAUCAUAUUUAUUUGCAACUGCAUCAUUUACCGCCCGAGCAAUUGGCAACCAGAUUGCCUGGGAUCUCAGAAACUGCAAUGAUAUUCGCUGGGGUUGACGUGACAAGGGAACCAAUACCUGUCCUACCUACGGUACAUUAUAACAUGGGAGGGAUACCGACGAAUUUCAAGGGACAGGUUCUAACAAGGAAGAACAACAAGGACAAAGUUGUGUCAGGACUGUACGCUUGCGGUGAAUCAGCCUGCGCAUCCGUCCACGGUGCUAAUCGCCUUGGUGCAAAUUCAUUGUUAGAUUUAGUCGUGUUCGGGCGUGCGUGUGCCAAGACAAUCGCAGCGGAAAAUACGCCUGGAGAAAAAAUUGGACCUCUUAGACCAAAUGCUGGAGAAGAAAGUGUGGCGAAUUUGGAUUGGGCCAGAAAUGCAAACGGUAGCAUCGCCACCGCGGAUUUGAGAUUAAGCAUGCAGAAAACAAUGCAAACGCACGCGGCUGUGUUCAGAAUGGCUGAAUCAUUGGAAGAAGGAUGUAAAAAGAUGUCCGCCCUUUACAAGAAACUGAACGACCUUAAAGUGUCGGAUAAGUCCUUGAUAUGGAACUCCGACCUCAUAGAAACUCUCGAAUUACAAAAUUUAAUGGUCAACGCGAUGCAAACGAUAUCUGCUGCUACAAAUAGGAAGGAAAGCCGCGGUGCUCAUGCACGCGAGGAUUUCAAAGAUAGACUCGACGAGUACGAUUAUAGUAAACCUUUAGAAAACCAACAAUCAAAGCCAAUGGAUCAACACUGGCGAAAACACACACUGACAACGAUUGACCUCAGAACAGGAGACGUAAAGAUCGAUUUCAGACCAGUGAUAGAUAACACGCUAGACAAAACAGAGUGUGCGACGGUACCACCAGCGAUUCGUUCCUAUUAGAUUUUUUCGAAGUAAAUAUGUAUAAUUUAGCUAUUACUAGCCAUCCGUAAAAAUUCUUGCUCAUCCGACGUUUCAUCGAAUUGGCCGACCCGUGCGACAUCUCAUUUCUUUCGUGCACAGGAGAGAAUAACCGACGAGGAAAAGUUACCGACCUAUCACUACGACGCCAACAACUUAUUUAUUACGCACGUGAAUCGCGUCGCGCACCAAAGUUUGAUUCUUGUCAAUACUUGCACGCAUCGCGAGCAAGAUUAGUUGUCCUUGUAGGAUAAUGGUGCUGAGAUUAUCUUCAUUAUUUCAACGAAGAGUUUGUUCGAUUGCUUAGCGAACCAAUGCUACCUUUAUGUAAACUAAUAGUAAAAUACUAGCGUGAUUCAGGCAGCAAAUCAUUUCACGCACAGAUCUUUUAUGGAGGAACGUUCUACCUCUACACCCAAUUAUUUCUGUUCUAGAUUCUCAGUCGAGUAAUUUGUUUCGUAUAUAGUUGACGUUGUAAAUCGAUACGCGCAAUCACUAAGGAUUAUUUAACGGAAGAAGCGUUUUGUACGAUCAAUUUCGAGCUAGUACUCCCUAAAAAGUUUGUGCAGCAAGAGUACGCCACUUUCAUUGCGGCUUAUUACUUAACGUUAACAGGCCAAUAUGGAAACAGCCUUAAAAGCAAUAACCAGACUGAAUAUUUUGUAUUGAAAGCUUCUCAGUAUUUACUGUCUCGAUAAUAUUUGUCUUUCUGUUUUUUUCUCGUAGUAUUAUGGAAUAAGAGCUGUUUGCGCUAGUUCGAAGUUUCAGUACUUAUUUCAGGAUUCAAUGUUUUUUUUUUUUUUUGUACUUUCGCUGGUAAUAAACCUGUUUCUACGUUGCCUGUUAAAAUUGCGUACGAAUAAUUUACCAUGUAUUGCCUAAUAUGUGCAAGUGAAUAGUCUUGAGAGCGGAAGUACACACACGAAAUCGUGUACUUUGGAACAAUUCAAAAAAACCGAAUGGACAUGCUGGAACAGCAUGAUAAAAAAUGUACAUAAGAUUGUCAAUAAAAAGAACAUUCGUAUAACCUUUUA